AUGGCAAACGUCGGGAUCCGCACAACUUCGCUGCUACGCUCAAGCGUCAUCAAUCGAACAAUCCUUCCUUCGAGGAGCUUAGCGACACAAUCAAAUGGUGCUGCCCCGAGCUCUCCUCCGCGGAGAGCAGUCACUGUUGUGAACGAUACUGGUCAAAUUCCCUGGACGAAUCUCUCCACCGGCGAGAAGCUGGCUCGCACAACUCAGCAAACUUUCAACAUCGGUAUCGUCUUGGUCGGUCUUGCUUUGACAGGUGGUGUCGCAACAGUUCUCUGGUUGGAAGUGUUCUCAUCGGACAGCAAAACGGCUUAUUUCAACAGAGCAGCGGAUCGUGUCCGUGCAGACCCAGCAUGUCGCGAGCUUCUCGCUGGCGAAGGAAUUCACAGUAAUAGAGAGAUAGAGGCAUACGGCCAACCCAGCUGGAGCCGAUGGGCGCGCAAUCGGAAGAUUGCAAGCAGGAUCGAAACGGAUCGUGCAGGCUUGGAGCAUCUCCAUAUGCAUUUCUUCGUGGAGGGCCCAGCCGCAAAAGGUACGGUCGUUCUCCACAUGACGAGGCGUCCAGGAGAACAGUUCGAGUAUCGCCUUCUGGCACUUGACGUCCCUGGUCACAAAAGGCAUUACCUGGAGAAUGCGGACGGCAUCUUUGGGCAAAGAAAACAAGGCAAGAUGUUUGGUGUGAGGUGGAAUUGA